UGCGUCAACAGACAUACGUGUUAUUACGUCCGUUAACGGGCGAACACGCUCGGACGUUUGAAAGCUAGUCAACGCAGUUGACAUGUUCGGACGUUCGUUAACGCGUUUGGACGUGACGAAACAACUAAAACCAAAUGGCAACUCGUCAUUUUACAAGGGGUUAAACAAAUACGACAUAACAGGUUCAUUUGUAAGCUUUCGAGGUGUUGUGUUGGUGUAAUGGAAAGUGUUUCAGCACAAGGCACUGAGGAUGAAGUUGUUAUUCCUGGACAGUGUUCUUGAGAGCUGGAGGAAAAAAGAAGUCUUCUUUUUGGGCUCUAAUGCUGUGAAAGACUGGUUUUUCCUGUCGCAGCUAAGAAGAGUAAACAACAAUGUCCACCAGCGAGCGUUUCGACUGCCAUUACUGCAAAGACUCCCUGCUGGGGAAGAAGUACAUAAUGAAAGAGGACACGCAGUACUGCACUAAGUGCUACGAGAACCUGUUCGCUAACUGCUGUGAGGGAUGCUCUUUACCAAUUGGCUGUAAUUGCAAGGACCUGUCCUAUAAGGAUCGCCACUGGCAUGAGCAGUGCUUCAAGUGUGCCAAGUGCAGCCGCUCUCUGGUGGAAAAGGCCUUUGCAGCCAAGGAUGAUUUGUUGCUCUGCACUGAAUGCUACGCCCAUGAUUAUUCCUCCAAGUGCAGCACCUGCAAGAAAACUGUCAUGCCAGGUUCCCGCAAAAUGGAAUACAAGGGGAACAGCUGGCAUGAGACCUGCUUCCUGUGCCACCGCUGCCAGCAGCCAAUAGGAACCAAGUCCUUCAUCCCCAAAGACACCGGCUACUUCUGUGUGCCCUGCUUUGAAAAGCAGUUUGCCUACCAGUGCUGUGCUUGUAAGAAGGCCAUCACAACAGGUGGAGUGACCUACCAAGACAAGCCCUGGCACCGCGAGUGCUUCCUAUGCAUCGGCUGCAGAAAGCAGCUGUCGGGUCAGCGCUUCACCUCCAGGGAAAAUUACCCCUACUGCCUCGAAUGUUUCAGCAACCUGUAUGCGAAGAAGUGUGUGGGCUGCACCAAGCCCAUCACCAGUCUGGCAGGGGCCAAGUACAUCUCUUUUGAGGAGCGCCAGUGGCACAGCGAGUGUUUCACCUGCAUGCAGUGCUCCGUGUCACUGGUGGGACGCGGCUUCCUCACCCAGCGCGACAACAUCUUGUGCACCGACUGUGGCAGGGAGAAGUGACCUUUCCAUGAGGGGUCACCGCUUAAUCCAAGUAACAACAGGAUACAGAUACAGAUACUGUAGAUUCAUGAAUAUUUCUUGUUCACAUGUCUGAUGCAUAAACAAACUCUGAAUGUCAAAUGCUUAUUUUAAUGUUAAAAAUUACCUUUAGGUAUUUUCAAAUUGCCCACACAUACCCUGCAUACACAAAAAGAUAAACAUGCAUCUCUAAACUUAGAGCACCAUAUGUGCUAUUGUUGAUGAAUGUUUUCUUUGAUUUCCCCGACACACACUUUUACUUUUGACAGACAUAAAGUGAUGUUGCAAUUAAUGUCAAUUAAUGGAUUAGUCAAUUGACAGAGGAAAGUCCUAAGUUGCAGCCCUAAAGCAUAUUUCCUGUUAACAAAAGGUCAGGUUUGAUAAUACAUAUAUUUCUGCUCUAUGCUUAGUGUACAUUCGCUAUGAAAAAUAUGAUUCAUGCUGAGAAAAUAUGCAUGAUUUAUGCUUCUCUCAUGUGGAAUACCUGGCAUACUAAAGGUUGUUCCAAUAAAAACCUUUCUAUGUA